AUGACAACUGCCGGCGUGUGGGAUCCGAAGCAACAUGGCAUUGAUAUGAAGCGGAAGUCCUCCUUCUCUCUGCUGGAUCAGACCAAGCGGCCUAUGCCAAGCUCAGAUGAACAUCCUGACCAGCAGGAGAAGAUGGAGAAGCUCUGGAAGCUGAUGGAUACCUAUGAGCCAAAUGACCCAGAGUCCAUUCAGAAGUCUUUUGCCAGACAUUUGGAGUACUCCUUGGCCUGCACCCGGUUCAACUUCACCAUGCAGGAUGCCUACAGAGCAGCCGGCUUGGUGCUGCGUGAUCGGCUCCUUGAGUCUUUGAACGACACCAACGCAUAUUACAGGAAGAUGGAUGUGAAGAGGGGAUAUUACCUGUCCGCCGAGUACCUGAUUGGCCGGCACAUGCAGAAUGCGAUUGCCAACCUGGACCUGGAACAGCCUUUCAAGGAAGCUUUCCAAUCGCUUGGCAUGGAGCUGGAGGAUCUCUUCCACGAGGAGGCAGACCCAGCACUGGGAAAUGGCGGCCUGGGCCGUCUUGCCGCCUGUUUCCUCGACUCCAUGGCGACUUUGUCAUUGCCUUGCUGGGGCUAUGGCAUUCGUUACAGCUAUGGGAUGUUUAAGCAGGAGAUCCAGAACGGACGUCAGGUGGAGAUGCCUGACUUCUGGAUUGGAGACGGCUGCCCCUUUGAGAUCCCUCGGCCAGACAUCACUUAUCCGGUUCGGCUGUACGGCCAAGUCGUUGAGGGCCUCGAUGCCAGCGGGGAGUGGUGUAUGAACUGGGUCGGUGGCGACAUUGUUCAGGCCAUGGCCUACGACAAUCCCAUCCCCGGAUUCGACACCUACAACACGAACAAUCUUCGAUUGUGGCGGGCAUGCCCUUCAAAGGAGUUCGACUUAGACCAGUACAGUGCCGCUCGAUUUACUGAUGCGGUGGAGUCGCGUCGCAAGGCGGAGGACUUGUCUGCCGUGCUGUACCCAAAUGAUGCCACCUAUGAGGGCAAAGAGCUUCGCUUGCGACAGCAGUACUUCUUCGUGAGCGCUUCAUUGCAGGAUUUGCUGCGCGAGUUCAUUAAACGACCAAACUACAAGUGGUCAGAUCUGCCCGAGAAGGUGGCAGUUCAGAUGAAUGAUACGCAUCCUACAAUUGCUGUUGCAGAGAUGAUGCGCUUGCUAGUAGAUGUCAUGCGGGUGCACUGGGAUGAAGCGUGGGAGCUGACCACGAAAUGCCUGAACUACACCAACCACACGGUCAUGCCUGAGGCGCUGGAGAAGUGGCCUGUUGAGAUGAUGACCCGAAUGUUGCCCCGGCACGUACAGAUCAUUGGGGAGCUUAAUCUUCGAUGGAUCAAUGCGCUCGUGGCGAAGUACGGCGACGGACCCCUCAUUCAGGCUUUGAGCAUUUUUGAAGAGGGCGAUGUCAAGAAGAUCAGAAUGGGCAACCUUGCCAUCAUGGGUGCCAACAAGGUGAAUGGAGUGGCUGCCAUCCACACAGAGAUUAUCAAGAAGGAGACAUUCCCUGAAUUCUACAAGUACUGCUGCGACAUCGGCAAGCCGGACAAGAUCGUGAACAUGACCAACGGCGUGACACCGCGCCGGUGGUUGACUGACAUGACCAAGCUGAAGGACAUGCUCAAGUUCAAGGAAGAUCCAAAGCUUCACGCUGAGUGGAUGGAGAUGUCGCUUGGCCCCAGGAAGAAGACGGCAAAGGCAAAGCUCGCAGCCUUUGUCAAGGAGAAGCUGGAAUUGGACAUUGAUGAGGAGCUCAAGAAGAUGUCCCCGGCUGAUCGGGCGAAGGUCCAGAAGCGUGUGGUCUUGAUUGGUGGCAAGGCGGCAUCUGCUUAUGUGAACGCCAAGAUCAUCAUUAAGCUGAUCAACAAUGUCGGCAAGGUCAUCAACAAUGACCCAGACACCGGCAAGCUUCUGAAAGUUGCAUUCGUGCCCAACUACUGUGUGUCAGCAGCUCAAGUCAUGAUCCCGGCCUCCGACAUUUCGGAGCACAUCUCUACUGCAGGCACAGAAGCCAGCGGAACCUCCAACAUGAAAUUCGUGAUGAACGGUGGCUUGAUUGUCGGUACCAUGGAUGGUGCGAACAUUGAAAUUCGUGAGGAGUGUGGUGAGGACACUAUGUUCAUCUUUGGCUGCUUGGAGAAUGAGGUGGCCGGUGUGGCAGCAAAAGCCAAAAGCGGUCACUACCCCAUCGACAGCCGCUUGCAAGCUGUUUUCCAGGCAAUUCGCAAUGGGGAGUUCUCCAGGGGUGAGCCCGAGGCGCAGACGGAGUUCUGCUCCCUGAUUGACAAGCUGUGCAACACCCAGGGUGCUGGCACCUGGGAAGGUGACAAGUACUUGGUGGUGCACGACUUCCCCUCCUUUGUGGAUGCCCAGUCCAGAGUCGAUGCAACCUAUGCGGACAAAGCCAAGUGGUGCAAGCUCAGCAUUCAGGCUGCGUCCUGCAUGGCAAAGUUUUCGACUGACCGGACCAUUCAGGAGUACGCUGAUGUGAUUUGGGGCGUCAAGCCUGCACCUCGCCCCAUGGAGACGCCACUUGACUGGAUUGGCACAGGGCUGCAGGCUUGCUUUUGUGAAGCCCGAACGCUUCCAAAGUGA